CGAUUUUCCGCAUGCCUUAACAAUUCUAGAAUUAUAAGCUUCUCGAUCGCCAAAAUUCAAAAACUUUCAAUCAGAGCGAUUUAUUGAUUCAUUCCCUCGGGACAACAUCGGGUUGCUAAACCCGUUCGCUCUUUUUCUCCCACAAUUGACAAACGCUUGAGCCCAAAUUCGGCCCGAAAAAGGCAAAAAUCGGCCGAAAUGCCACGCGAGAAGAAGCGCUCCAGUCAGCGCAGCAGCGUAGCGGUUUCUACUAUAAACCGACUGACUCGGGAGAGCUGCUCGCAAAGGCCUGUUAGACUUGCCGCCGGAAAGUCUGAUUUACAUGUUUAACUCGACCGAAAACGCCAGGUCAGCCAUGCAUGCCGUAAACGGCCCUUCUAGCAUACUAAAAGCAGUGAAGAUGACUUCCGAUCAAGCUCCAAUUCAUAUCGAUCGAUUGCUCUUAGGAAUCGCAUUGCACCGCCUCUUUACUUUUCCCCCGAACUUCAAAAAAAGAUUCGCCCUGGAUCAGGAGGUUUUUGCCGAGGCUGGAUAUUAUUGCCAAAAUUCAAACAGAGCGAUUCGGCUGCGAUGCCACUUCUGCUCAUCGGAAAUUAGCAAACAAGAAAUUCGCAACUUUGGGAACUUGGACGCGGUGAAGAAUUUCGUGGCAGGAAAAAACUGUCCGGUGAAAUCGGAUGACUCGGACAACGUCCCUCUCAACGUCAAACAACUCGACAACUUCAAGUUCGAGUCGCACCGACUGUACUCGUUGUUGAAAAAGGACGAUUGGCAGUUUGUAACACCAGCAGACUUGGCCGCCGACGGAUUCUACUACGAAGGGGUGGAUGACAAUUGUCGCUGCCGGUUCUGCAACCUGGGGAUUCGCGGUUGGGAGGUUGGGGACCAGGUUCGGUCCCAGCACCUACGCUGGAACGCAGAUUGUCCGUUUUUGCGAAAUCCAAACAGCGUCCAAAACAUCCCGAUCGGCCACGAGCAGGUGGACAUCAUGCACGACGCGAUCGGCGAAAAGAAAAUGGGCACUACAACCUUCCCGACUAAUGGUGGUGCUCAAGGAGUUGAAAAUGCAAAUCCUCCUGAUGUUGGGCCGCCUUUAGCUCCUGCCCCACCAGAAGGUGAUAACAACCAAAAUUGACAAGAGCAAAAUCGUUAAAUUGGAGCACCUGGCUAAUCUGGUAGGCUUUCCAGCGGAUGGAUGAAUGGAGGAAGUCAGUAUCAUGGACUUUUCAGAAGAUGAAAAUAUAAAAUGCUCUUACAAUAACUCAUUUCAUAAAUGCUUGUUGUAUAUUCCAAAUUCCUUGCUUAGAGAAUUAAUCUUUUGAUAAAGAAAAAUUAAAUCACUGCUUGCACAAGAGAGGAGGAGACUUGAAUUUAAAGUUUCCUAGGAGGCUUUGUCAUCGAUCUGUCCUCAUUGAAAAAUUAAAAAAAAUUCCCCUAAAAUAAAAUUUCAAUGAGGUCGAAACCAUUUUUUCCAUGCCUAUAUUUUUUUAUAAAAUCAUGUCCGUGAAUGAGAAUAAUAAAAUAAAAGGUUAUUAAUAUGAUAAAAAGAUUGUAUCACUAUGUAUUUUUUCUACAUGUUUGGUUGUUGGCCAGGCCCAGCCGUUGCCAACCUGCGACUUUUCUAUUUUUUUUUCAUCUGCGAGCUGCCAACAGUGAAAAUAGUUAUCCACAAGAUUUAAAUUAAAAAAUU